GGACGCAGUUUGAGGGGGAGAACAGAAGACAAGUGUCGCCGAGCGUGGAUGAUGAUGUCCCACAAUGAGCGCAGAUUUUCCAAAUCCGCUACAAGUCCCUCAACCAACGGUCCGGAGUCAUCUCACCAUCAGAGUGCAGUCAAAACUGAUGCCAAAAUCCAGCCUCUUUGUCCAUGGCCCAAAACCUCUUGUAACCCCCAAGCCCAGACCUUUGUCUCAGCCUGACCCACAGGAAGAGUCCUGCCAUCGACAGAAGCUGAGUAACGGAGAACUGCCUUACUCUGAUGAGGAGAGAGGUGAUCUACUUGUAAUGGCUGAAGAGAAUCACAACAAAGAGGAGAAAAAAGAAGAGCAGUGUGAGGUUAGUGACAACGGCACCGGAGGGAAUGACAAAGAGGACACAGUAGGGGGAGAACUGGUGGUGGGAACAGAAAAAGAAGCAGAGAUAUUGGAUAAUGAUGGCGAUGUAGACAGUAUUGGCUCUGAGGACACCAUCAAAGCUGAUGAUUCGAUUGACGUUACUGAGGAUGAGGACGCUGAAAAUGGCUCUAUCCUGCCUGAAGGUGGAAAUCACAGUGAUGAUGAGAAAACGUCAGUCCAGUUACAGUCUCCAUCUGAACCAGAGUAUGAAGCAGAGCAAGAGGAAGAGAAAGAAUGCUGUGGCCCCGUAGAACAUUCAGAAGAACAAGACCCUGAUCAAAUACACUCGUUUAGUUAUGCAGAGGAGAACAAUGAUUGUUGUCUUGAUGAAACAAACACAGAGCAAAGUGAAGACUGUUUUCAGUUUAGUUUACUCACAGAGACAGAGCUGGAAGCUGACAGAUUCUCUUUUGGAUUCAGCGUGCUUCCGACUGUGACUGAGGAGUAUCCCUACGAUGUGAUUGGCCCUACAGAUGAUGCUAGUGAUACAUGUGAGUCAUGUGGAACAGCUGAAACUGGAGAUACAGAGGUCUGGCAACCAGAACGAGCCACCAAAGACCCCUCUGGUUGUUUUCGAUUCACAUCCAGCACAGAGGAUGUGUUUGGACCUUACUCUGUCAUUGAGGCUCUUCCAAAAAAUAUAAGCAGCACUGCAGAUCCUGAGUGGAGCCCAGGUGAAGAUGAUGAUGAUCAAUCCUCAACCGCAAACGAAGUUCAUACCCAAGAUGUGUCUGGCCAGGAACCUUUUUAUGUCUCAUCAGAUGAUGUGGACAAGCUUGAAGACAAGCAAGUAGACUCAGACCAGCAUCACGAUAAGGAGGGCACCGAACAGUCCGAUCAACUUAAAGACAGAGCAAAGGACAGUGAGUCGGCAGAUGAGUAUGCAGAUAUUGACAAUUCAGUCUGCUCACAGGCAGACAACUUUGAGCAGUUUGAAUAUGUCUCAUCAGAAGAUUAUGUUGAGAUAGGUGACGAGGAAGAGGAGGAGGAGGAGGUAGAAAAGAAACAUAUCAGAGGGAAAAGUGCAAAAGAGAGGACUAUUAAGCGAGAGGAAGCUUUCCGCAGCCAGAGAGGAAGCUGCCAGCCUCGCCUCAGGUUGUGCACCAUCACCGUGCCAGCAGAUCUAGACCUGGGUCGCACCCCGGAGCUCACCAACAGAGUGGUGUUUGCUCACACCACUGAGGCCUUUGAAGAAGACAUUGAAGAACUGGACUGCCACAUCGUGCCUUACUUUGAAGACACUGACUCAGACAGCAAAGAACAUGUAUAUGAGGAAGUGGGGUUUGACUCAGAGGGGGAGAACUUUGUGACCCUUGAUCGUAAAACUAUUGUCACACGAUCACGGUCCUAUUCUGGGAAGGUUUCAGGUUAUGUCCCGGAAACUGUACCAGAGGAAACAGGUACAGAGUACCAAACUCAUGAUUACUGCACUGUACCAGUAGAUAACAGUGGUGAACUUAUAAGUCACUCACAGCAGCCAGGAAUCAAUAGUGUGACUCCGUCUAUGAAGUCCCGUCGCUUCUUGCUGAACUCUCGUUCUGCAGACAGUCCAGAAUCUUUGACCACACUGUCAGAGAAUGACCCAUGUCUUGCGAAUGAGAUCAGGAUAAAAAGAAAGGAUGAUACUCUUUCUCUUCCAUGUGUUAUAACUUCCUCUGGAAGCUUUUCCCAGCGAAGCCAUCAGUCAUCAAGUGGUGUUUCUACACCAACUUCUAUGGUUGACAUACCCCCACCUUUUGACCUAGCAUACAUCACAAAGAGACCAGUCACCAAGAGUUCACCAUCCCUCCUAAUCCAUCAUGACCCCACUGAAAUACCUAAAAAGAAGAAGUCCUCAUUCAAGCGCUUCCUGGCACUUAAGUUUAAGAAGAAGAUAGAUUCAAAGGGUUUCAGUGAUGGAAGUGUUCGCUCUUCACGGUCUUCCUCUGAGUCCAGCCAUCAUGGUGCAAGAGUUGUAGAACUUGAUCAUAUAAGCACUGGCAGCUCUUCUCAGCUUCAGUCUCGCCUUAUAAACCCCAAACAGCAUCCAUCUGACCUGACUUCCGCCUUUGUCCUUUACAAAGACCACUCCAGGAGGAAAGGGGACCCUAAAUCUGAUGGCAGGAUUGUCUCUAGAGUGGAGUCCUUCGAAGAACGCACUCGCCGCUCUGUCAGACCGUUGCCUUUGACCAAACCUCGCUCCAUCUCCUUCCCCAGCGCAGACACCUCAGACUAUGAAAACAUUCCAGCCAUGAACUCAGACUAUGAGAACAUCCAGAUACCAGGAAGGCCGGUCAGAUCUCACACUGUUACAGAGUUUUUUGAGAAUCCGACACGCAUAACUGUAACCUGCAAUGAGAAUGAUGGCUACGUGGAUAUGAAUAGUUUCCCUGGGAUUGACAGCAAACCUCAGACAUUGAUGUCAAAAACAGACAACGAAAGUGCCUACACAGAGCCCUUCCCAGUGAACACAGUCUCUCCUGGGCUGUCAGGUGAUGAGGACCACGGACGAACCUCAGAGGAGGAAGAUGGCAGCAUGGAGCAAAGUUAUGACCGACAGAUUGAUGGCAGAUCUCGAGCGUUUUACAUCGCCAAGGAGCUCGUCGACUCAGAGAGACUACAUGUCAGUGCCCUCAAGCACAUUCAGGAGUCUCUGUCUCCUCCUCCUCCUCCUUCUCUCUUUGUUAUGGUCCCUGGAAGUUUAUCAGUGUUGUUGCAGCAACAUUUACUUCCUGGUCUUGAUGAAGUUGCCGUCUUGGAGGAGAACCAGAAGAUGGUGGAUGUGAUCUUGAGCCGCCGGGAGGACUUUCAAGUGUUUGACACCUACAUCUCUGAGUACGAUCGCAGCAUGUCCUUACUGGAGGAGAGCUGCAGGAACAACUCCACUUUUGCCAACAUUGUCAAGAAAUUUGAGAAAAAAGACCCUGAAGAAGUUCCAAUGAACCAUCAGCUGCUGCAGGUUGUUGUCAGAGUACUACAGUAUCGAAUGCUGCUCACAGAUUACCUGAACAACCUCUCGCCUGAUUCAAAAGAAUACGAGGACACUCAGGCUGCGCAGGUGAUUGUGUCUGAAGUGGCAGACCAGGCCAACGACAACCUGAAACAAGGGGAGAACUUGCUGCGUCUGGUCCACAUAGAGUACAGCAUAAAGGGGAAGAGGGACGUUCUGAAGCCUGGCAGGAUAUUUGUCAAGGAGGGCACUCUGAUGAAGGUCUCAAGGAAGAGCAGGCAGCCGAGGCACCUGUUUCUGAUGAAUGACAUCAUGCUGUACACCUACCCUCAGCAGGAUGGGAAAUACAGGCUGAAGAACACACUGUCUUUGUCAGGGAUGAAGGUGAGCAAACCGGUCCUGGACAACGUCCUAAACUGUCUGAAGAUCGAGGUGUCUGACAUCACUAUUACUCUGUCUGCUGGGUCGGUUGGAGAACGGGAGGACUGGUUCCACACUUUAAGUCGAGCCAUUGCAGACCAUGCAGCUGGACUCUGCACAUUUGGUGGACCUUGCAGUGAGGCCCGAGAGAAGCUGUGGAUGGCCCUGGGUGAAGCUGCGCCUGAACUGGUGCCCAUUUCUCAAGUGAUGAUGUGCAUGAACUGUACGGCUGACUUCAGCCUCACGCUCAGACGACACCACUGCAACGCCUGCGGAAAGGUGGUGUGCCGAGCCUGCUCCAGGAACAGAUACCCUUUGAAGUACCUCAAAGACAGAGUGGCUAAAGUGUGUGAUCACUGCUACGCUGAGUUCAGGAAAAAAGGUGGCAGCAUAUCAGGAGCAUGUGGGAACGCCAGCCCUCGGUCUCAACGGGCCAGUCGUCCCCUUUCUUCUGUCUUCCAGAGCCUGCAACCUCCCAGUCUGUGGAAGUCCAGAAAGAGCACCUCCAGUCUCAGUCAGGUGUCUCUCGGUGUGGAGGGCUCCACCAUGAGCGGAAGCCUGCAGCGCCGGAAGAAGAGCAAAAGGAAAUGGAAGAGAUUGUGGUUCCUCCUCAAAGACAAGGUGCUCUACACCUUCACAGCCCGUGAGGAUAAAGUGGCUUCAGAAAGUCUGCCUCUGCAGGGCUUCAUGGUGAAGCUGACCGAGAGGCCGGAGGGAGAGGAGAGCGGCAACGUGUUUCAUUUGUACCACAAGAAAACCCUCUACUACACCUUCAGAGCUGACGAUCCGCACACUGCUCGCAGAUGGGUGAACGCCAUGGAAGAGGCUACAGUUUUAUAGCACCUGCUUGAACCAGUGAAGAAGUCCUGCUGUCCGUGGCUGCUUGAACUCCUCUGUGGAGCACAACAAAACUACCUGCUUCAGCUGAACACAGGAAAACUCACGCACCGUCCUGGGAAGGGAUGAAUAAACACCACCCGUGGAUCUUACACAACACUGCCGCCCUGAGGCAGGAGCUG